GUGGAGAUGUCUCGUAAGAGCCCUUUUGCCUCCUGGCUUUGUGCGAUGCUCCACUGCUUUGGAAGUUACAUACUGGCUGAUCUGUUACUUGGAGAGCCACCUAUUCAUUACUUCAGUAAUAACUCCAGCGUCAUCCUGGCCACAGCAGUCUGGUACUUGAUAUUCUUCUGUCCCAUGAACCUCUUCUACAAGUGCGUCAGCUUUCUGCCUAUGAAGCUCAUCUUUGUGGCAAUGAAGGAGGUGGUCAGAGUUCGCAAAAUUGCAGCUGGGGUCCACCACGCCCAUCACCGUUACCACCACGGCUGGUUCAUCAUGAUGGCUACCGGAUGGGUCAAAGGUUCUGGUGUCGCCUUGAUGUCUAACUUUGAGCAACUGCUGCGUGGGGUCUGGAAGCCAGAAACAAACGAAAUUCUUCAUAUGUCCUUCCCUACAAAGGCUAGUCUGUAUGGCACAGUCCUCUUCACUCUGCAACAAACUCGCUGGCUCCCUAUCUCUGAAGCGAACCUCAUCUUCUUUUUCACCAUGUUCAUGAUCAUUUGCAAGGUUUUCAUGACGGCAACUCACUCUCACGCCUCACCUUUUGCUCCGGUGGAAAGCUUCAUCUGCCCAGUUCUCUUUGGCUCCGUUUCCAGUGAACACACCAGUCAUCAUCAUGAGCCGCAUGGGGCCUCCCAUGAGGUUUCCCAUCCUCCGCCUCCUCCUGCAAAGUCAAAAGAGGAGCUAAAUGAAGGCACAAGGAAACGGAAAGCAAAAAAAGCUGAAUAAAAAAGCAACCACACAGUGAACAGGCCAAGAAAAUUCUUCCAGAGCCGAGUCUCAAAGCUACCUGUGACCUCCUUUAUCCUCCAGUCCUUCUCUCUCAGACUCCAGAGAAGAGGUGGAAGCCAGGACACUGCCAGGCAGGUCCCUGAAUUUCAUUUGUGCUCUCUGUGCUGCUGCUUGCUUCUCGGUCUCUGUCUCUCUAUUCUGAGUGUAUUUUCAGGGAUUUGUAGAUUUGUGCCAGGAUGGUAAGUGGGUGCCAGUGCCCAAGCUGUCAGCGAUGAUGAUGCAGCAUUUUCAGUUGAUGUAAAAUCUUUCACUGUGUGUGUUUAUGAAUGGAGGUA